CUUGGAUUGUCGGCGGCUGUGAGCGGAGCGCCUGUGGGGACGGAGAACAGCGGCGGGGUUGAGGCGCGCGGCGCGGAGGCGGAGGAAGGAUGAUUGAAGAAAGUGGAAAGAGGAGGAGGACAAUGGCAGAGAAAAGACAGCUCUUCAUGGAAAUGAGGGCUCAGAAUUUUGAUGUCAUCCGGCUGUCAACAUAUCGGACUGCCUGCAAACUCAGAUUUGUGCAAAAAAGAUGUAAUUUACAUCUCGUGGAUAUCUGGAAUAUGAUUGAAGCCUUCAGAGAUAAUGGCCUUAACACAUUGGACCAUAAUACAGAGAUCAAUGUAUCUCGACUAGAAACUAUCAUUUCUUCCAUUUACUAUCAGCUGAAUAAACGCCUUCCAUCUACUCACCAGAUCAGUGUGGAGCAAUCCAUCAGCCUUCUCCUCAACUUCAUGAUAGCAGCAUAUGAUAGUGAAGGUCAUGGAAAAUUGACAGUGUUUUCCAUAAAGGCAAUGUUGGCAACUAUGUGUGGUGGAAAAAUUCUGGACAAGUUAAGAUAUAGUUUCUCUCAAAUGUCAGAUUCCAAUGGACUGAUGAUAUUUUCAAAAUUUGACCAGUUUCUAAGAGAAGUUCUGAAACUUCCUACAGCUGUUUUUGAAGGGCCUUCUUUUGGAUACACAGAAAACUCUGUGCGAACAUGUUUUCCUCAGCAGAAAAAGGUAACAUUAAACAUGUUUUUAGACACCUUAAUGGCUGACCCUCCACCCCAGUGCCUUGUGUGGCUACCUCUGAUGCAUAGACUUGCCCAUGUUGAAAAUGUCUUCCAUCCUGUGGAAUGUUCUUACUGCCGGUGUGAGAGCAUGAUGGGCUUCCGAUACCGAUGCCAGCAGUGCCACAACUAUCAGCUCUGUCAAAACUGUUUUUGGCGUGGCCAUGCAAAUGGCCCUCACAGCAACCAGCAUCAAAUGAAAGAGCAUUCCUCUUGGAAAUCGCCUGCCAAGAAGCUGAGCCAUGCCAUUAGUAAAUCUCUUGGUUGUGUACCCACUAGAGAUCCUCCUCACCCUGUAUAUCCGGAACAGCCAGAGAAGCCCCUUGACCUUGCCCAUAUAGUCCCUUCUCGGCCUCUCAUUAACAUGAAUGAUGCCAUGGUUACCCAUGUGUCCUCCGGAGCCCCCACGCCAACAAAAAGGUUGCAGCAAAGCCUCGCCCCCUCCGAUGGGCUAAGUGAUGAGCAUGUGCUGAUAGCAGCCUAUGUGAGCCAGCUACAAAGCAGCACACGCAGUGUUCUGGACAGUCCUAGCAGACUGGAUGAAGAGCAUCGGCUAAUUGCUCGGUAUGCUGCCAGGUUAGCUGCUGAAGCUGGAAAUGUGACACGGCCACCAAUAGAUCUGGGGUUCAAUUUUGAUGCCAACAAACAGCAAAGGCAACUGAUAGCAGAACUGGAAAACAAGAACAGAGAAAUACUGCAAGAAAUUCAACGCCUCAGACUGGAGCACGAACAGGCUUCCCAGCCAACACCUGAAAAAGCCCAACAGAAUCCAACUUUACUGGCCGAAUUAAGGCUAUUGCGGCAAAGGAAAGAUGAAUUGGAACAACGAAUGUCUGCUCUUCAGGAAAGCCGAAGGGAACUGAUGGUACAACUGGAAGGACUCAUGAAGCUGCUCAAGGAAGAAGAACAAAAACAGGCAGCUCAGGCAGCUGGUUCGCCACAUACUUCCCCCACCCAUGGGGCUGGCCGCUCUAUGCCAAUGCCAGUCAGGUCCACAUCUGCUGGUUCUACCCCAACUCAUGUACCCCAAGAUUCACUUACUGGUGUUGGUGGAGACGUCCAGGAAGCAUUUGCACAAGGAACUCGGCGGAACCUCCGUAACGAUUUGCUGGUAGCAGCUGAUUCAAUUACCAAUACAAUGUCAUAUUUGGUGAAGGAGCUUCAUUCAGGGGGAGAGGAAGGAGGUGAGGAGGAGGAAGAGGAGGACAAGAUGCAGAAUGGGAAGGACCGAGGUUAAAUAAAAAAAAUCUGGACAACAGAGGUUUAAGUAACAAGGUGUGAGCUCCUAUUCUAAAGAUGUCUCCACAUCCUUCAGAAGAGGCAUGAUCCAACUGACACAUCCACAAUUGUGAAGCUGUGACUAACACAACAAUUGCAGGGAGCAGUCUUCUUCCAACAGACACAAUGGCUUUUCUGGGGGGGGAGGGCAGGGCAGGGGGCAUCUCCUUAAAUUUGCAUGUCCUAUUUCUGUAGGUGUUCAGUGCUAACUGGACAGAGCCUCAUCUCUGUUUCAAUGAGAAAGCUUUUUGAAUAACGGCUUCUGAAAAUGCAAGCCGCCUUCCUGUGAAUUCUCUAUCUGGGCUUCAUUGUUCACACCUUAUCAUGCUCUGGCAGUUAACAUUUGUGAUCUUCAAGUCCCCCAUGAGCAGACUUGCAACCAGCUGAAUUUCUUCACCAAGUAAUGGAGAUGAAUGCUGGCUGUGGAUUCUGAUGUGGCGGCUGCCCCUCUUGCCUUUUCAGAAUGCGGGUCUUGUCUGUGAAUGGCAGGUUGCUUGGGUUGUUUGUGAAUGCAUGUCACACAACAGUGCCGGUGAGACAGAUGGUGGUGCUGCCAGGAGGCAACUGACUUGGGUACCAUUAAAGAUAGUUUAGUGGUAAACAGAUAGGUCUGACCCACAAGGUUGGUCCAGCUGGAGAUUUCUCUCUGUCAGCCCUAUCAAAAUGAAUGAGAGCAUCACUAGAGCAUUAUCACUACCAUGCCCUGUGCAGCUGGCUUGUUUCAGUCAGGAUGGUAUAGCGUUUUUGACUUGGUAGAUUGUGCCCUUGGUUUCAUUUUGUGAAAUGGGCAUUAAUGAGGAUUUUCACUGUUAGCAGUCUAGUGGAUCUUAUACCAGUCCUGAUGUCAGGAGAAGGAUGGGGGAGAGGUCCCGCAUCUGGCAGCUACCUAUAGAAAUUCUCAGAACAGGUGGCUAUGUGGUUGUUGCCUUAUAUGAUGGCUUAGUGCAGGGGUGUCAAACUCAAUUUCAUUGAGGUCUGCAUCAGGGUUAUGUUUGACUUGGGGGGGGCAGGGUAG